AUGCCGCUGCAGGACGACACCCUCCGAGAGGUGUGGGCCUCCGACAGCGGACAUGAGGAGGAAGGCCAGAGCCCGGAGGUCCAGCAGCGCCCCAAGCAGGGGCAGAAGUUGAGGAAGAAGAAGACAGAGGCCCCCGAGUCCCCCUGCCCUAAAGGAUCCAGGCCCCGGAGACCCGGAGCCGGCCGGUGCGGGAAGCCGCGGGAGGAGCCGGCCCCGCCGCAGACCGUCUACGCCAAGUUCCUCCGGGACCCCGAGGCCAAGCGCGACCCGCGGGAAACCUUCCUGGUAGCGCGAGCCCCGGACGCCGCGGACGGUGAGACGGAUGAGGAGGAGGAAGAGGAGGACCAGGAAGAGGAAGAGGUAGAAGAAGAGGAGGAAAAGAAAGAGAAAAUCCCUCUGCCACCCAAGAAGCCUCCUAAAGAGAAGACUUCUGCGGGGAUCAAGGAGAGGAGGGCCAAGGCCCAGGGUCAGAAGGGGGACCUGGCAAGCCCCAUCCCCGCACCCAAACCUCUGCGCAUUAAGAAAAAGGAGGCACCAGCUGGGGAGGGGACCAAGAUGAGAAAGACGAAGAAGAAAGGGUCCGGGGAGGCUGACCAGGACCCUUCAGGGAGCCCGGCCAGAGUGACAAAGAAGACCCCAGCAGCCAUGUUUCUGGUUGGGGAAGAAGGCCCAGCUCAAAAAGCUCAGAAGAAGAAAGGCAUUUCCAAAGACUCAGAAGAGCAGAAGAAGGAGGAAGAAGAAGAGGGGGGAGAAGCGGCAGGCGUGGUGACCAAGAACAGCAAUCAGAAGGGCAAAGCAAAAGGAAAAGGCAAAAAGAAAGCGAAGGAGGAGAGAGCCCCAUCCCCACCGGUGGAAGUGGAUGAGCCCCAGGAGUUCGUGCUUCGGCCAGCGCCGCAGGGCCGGACUGUCCGCUGCAGGCUGACCCGAGACAAGAAGGGCAUGGACCGGGGCCUGUAUCCCUCCUACUUCCUGCACCUGGACACAGAGAAGAAGGUGUUCCUCUUGGCUGGCAGGAAGCGGAAACGGAGCAAGACAGCCAAUUACCUCAUCUCCAGCGACCCUACCAAUCUGUCCCGAGGAGGGGAGAAUUUCAUUGGGAAGCUGAGGUCCAAUCUGCUGGGCAACCGCUUUACCGUCUUUGACAAUGGGCAGAACCCGCACCGCGGAGGAGGAAGUACUGAUGUGGGGAGCCUUCGGCAGGAGCUGGCCGCCGUGAUCUAUGAAACCAAUGUGCUGGGCUUCCGAGGUCCCCGGCGCAUGACUGUCAUCAUUCCUGGCAUGAACACGGACAACGAGAGGGUCCCCAUCCGGCCGCGAAAUGCCAGUGACGGGUUGCUGGUACGCUGGCAGAACAAGACCCUGGAGAGCCUCAUCGAGCUGCACAACAAGCCACCUGUCUGGAAUGAAGACAGUGGCUCCUAUACCCUCAACUUCCAAGGUCGAGUCACACAAGCCUCAGUCAAGAACUUCCAGAUAGUCCACGCCGAUGACCCCGACUACAUCGUGCUGCAGUUCGGGCGCGUGGCAGAGGACGCCUUCACCCUGGACUACCGGUACCCGCUGUGCGCUCUGCAGGCCUUCGCCAUUGCCCUCUCCAGUUUCGACGGGAAGCUGGCCUGCGAGUGACUCCAGCGCCCCCAGCGCCCGCCGGGGUGGGGGAAAGGAUUCAGUGGAGGCUGGCAGGGUCCGUUCGCCAAAGCCCCCACUGAAGACGCCUCUCUCGUC